AUGACAGACGAGAAGAGACCAGCGUCCCCAGAACAUCACCGUUCGCUGGGCUCGGGCCCUGAGCCGGAGACCUUGCCUGUGCCCCCCGCCUUACAGCCUCUGGAGAGUUACUCUGAGAAGUCUAGGGAGAUACUGGACGACGACAAAAGUUUGUCGAGGAAGUCUACCGAGACUGCACACGAUGACAGCAGUAGUGAGGACGCGAGCAUCGAGUUCGAGGAGGACGAGGAGAGGGUACGGGAAAGAGAGCGUCCGCGGCAGCGCAUGACCAGGAGCAUAUCAGAGGUCCGAGAUGGUAUCCAGAGCCUAAGAGAUGCCGAGCUGGGCGACGCGCUGGAGAAGGAGCCCACACAGCCCAGCGAUAGAGAUCCGAAUCUGGUCACAUGGGCAUACCCGUAUGAUCCUGAGAAUCCAAAGACUUGGACGUUCAAGAAGAAGUGGGCGGCUGUGCUCAUCGUGUCAUGCUUUACUCUCUUCUCUCCUGUGUCUUCGUCAAUGACUGCUCCGGCUUUGGAUAAGAUUGGAGCCGAGUUGAACAUCACGAGCAGUUUUGAGAAGGCGCUGUCCCUGUCUAUUUUUGUGCUAGCUUAUGCUAUAGGCCCUCUCUUCCUCGGUCCGAUGAGUGAGCUGUACGGACGCACGAUCGUCCUGCAACUCUCUAAUCUCUUCUACCUCUUCUUUAAUCUCGGCUGUGGUCUGGCAAAGACGAAGGAGCAACUCAUCGCUUUCAGAUUUCUCGCCGGUUAUGGUGGAUCCGCACCACUUGCAAUUGGUGGAGGCGUUCUAUCUGAUCUUUUCAGUGCAGAGCAGCGUGGACGAGCUCUAAGUCUUUACAGCUUAGCCCCUUUGCUGGGACCAGCGAUUGGUCCCAUUGCGGGUGCUUAUAUCAGCCAGGAGACGUCCUGGCGAUGGAUCUUUUACUCUACCACUAUAGCGUGUGCAAUCGUUCAGGGACUGGGUGUCUUCUACCUGCGGGAGACUUACACGCCAGUGUUGCUACAGAGGCGAAAACUCAAGCUGAUCAAGGAAACCGGCAACACAGACCUACACACGGACUUUGACGAUCCGGACAAGACAGUCUUGAACACGCUUACAACGGCGCUCAUGCGCCCUUUCCGACUACUUGGUACACAGAUCAUCGUUCAAAUCUUGGCAUUGUACAUGAUGUAUCUCUAUGGACUCAUGUACCUCGUUCUGUCGACAUUUCCUGCAUUGUGGCACUCCUACGGUAUGUCAACUGGCGAGACAGGCUUGCACUACAUUGCUCUGGGCGCCGGAUUCUUCCUCGGCGCCCAGAUUAGUGCUCCGCUGCAGGACCGCAUCUACGCCUAUCUCAAGCGCUACUACAACGUCUCGGUGGGACGCCCGGAGUUCCGCGUGCCGAUGAUGGUCCCGGGCGCGAUCCUUGUGCCGACGGGCCUGCUGAUCUACGGCUGGACGGCGCAGCACCGGACGCACUGGAUCGGCCCGGACAUUGGCGUCGCCAUCUUCUGCAUGGGCGUCAUCGCCGGGUUCCAGUGCAUCCAGGGCUUCCUGGUUGACACAUACACGCGCUACGCCGCGAGCGCGGUCGGCGCGGGCACGGUGCUGAGGAGUCUGGCGGGCUUCGGGUUCCCGCUGUUUGGGCCUUCGCUGUACCAGCGGCUGGACUACGGCUGGGGGAACACGCUGCUGGCGUUCAUUGCCAUUGUGAUUGGGUGGCCGGGGCCGAUAUUGUUGUGGAAGUAUGGAGAGAAGCUUCGCAAGAAUAGCCCGUUUGCGUCUGGCGGUUAA